GCCUGGCGUGUCUCCGCCCUUCCCGCCUCCCUUCUCCGAGCGUCUUAAACUCAGGCCUUGGGCCUACCGCUCUGGGGGUACUUGGGGGGCGGGGGACAGGUCUGAUGAGUAACCCCUCCCCCCAGGUCCCAGAGGGAGAAGCCUCUACAUCUGUCUGCCGGCCCAAGAGUGCCAUGGCCUCCGCUUCGCGCCGCCAGCGCCGAGAGCGUCGCUUCCGUCGGUACUUGUCCGCCGGCCGGCUGGUCCGGGCUCAGGCCCUGCUGCAGCGACACCCGGGCCUCGAUGUAGACGCCGGGCAGCCGCCACCCCUACACCGGGCCUGCGCCCGCCACGACGCCCCUGCCCUGUGCCUGCUGCUGCGGCUCGGGGCCGACCCUGCGCACCAGGACCGCCACGGGGACACGGCCCUGCACGCCGCUGCCCGCCAGGGCCCCGAUGCCUACACAGACUUCUUCCUGCCACUGCUGAGCCGCUGUCCCUCCGCCAUGGGAAUAAAGAAUAAGGAUGGAGAGACCCCUGGGCAGAUCCUGGGCUGGGGACCCCCCUGGGAUUCCACGGAAGAGGAGGAAGAAGAUGAGGCUUCCAAGGAGCGGGAAUGGAGGCAGAAGCUGCAGGGCGAGCUGGAAGACGAGUGGCAGGAGGUCAUCGGGAGGUUUGAAGAUGAUGCUGCCCGUGAGACCCAGGAACCCGAGUCCUUCUCAGCCUGGUCAGAUCGCCUGGCCCGGGAGCACGCCCAGAAGCGCCAGCAGCAGCAGGAGGCAGGGAGAUCCCGGCGACCCCCGCGGGCCGAGGGCUCCAGUCACAGCUGGCGACAGCAGGAGGAGGAGCAGCGGCUCUUCCGAGAACGAGCCCGGGCCAAGGAGGAGGAACUGCGUGAGAGCCGAGCCAGGAGGGCCCAGGAGGCCCAGGGGGACCGAGAGCCAGAGCUGGCCAGGGCCAGGCCCAGGGCAGAGCCCCCUAGAGGGGCAGGGAGGGGCAGCCUGUGGCGCUUCAGUGAUGUGCCCUGGCCCUGCCCUGGGGGCGGGGACCCUGAGGCCAUGGCUGCAGCCCUGGUGGCCAGAGGGCCCCCCUUGGAGGAGCAGGGGGCUCUCAGGAGGUACUUACGGGUGCAGCAGGUCCGCUGGCACCCCGACCGCUUCCUACAGCGAUUCCGGAACCAGAUUGAGACCUGGGAGCUGGGCCGCGUGAUGGGAGCUGUGACAGCCCUUUCUCAGGCCCUCAAUCGCCACGCGGAGGCCCUCAAGUGAACCCUAAGGAAAGGUCAACAAACUGUGGGCCGCAGUCUCAGGGCUGGGCGGAGGAAGGAUCGGACCAGGGAUGGGGUCGGCGCGUUGCCAGAGACAGACGCUGCGCGAGGAUACGGGGUGGAAGCGAAACCAGUCGGAGCGCGUGGGGGUGUGGCCCUCGACCGCGGAUCCUUGACUGCCAUUUCCUAAUAAGACCUGGUUCACGUCGCACUCCCAGUGUCUCCUCAUGCCUUUUUCCAUCACUGUGGUUUGCAUCACUCAUUCAACAUCUCCUUUCCUGCCUGCCCGCUGAAACCCGCAGUUCCCGCACAGCUGCAGCACGCACAGGCGCGCCAAGGCGGACCCUCCGCUGGAGAGGAGAAGCCCCUGCUUGCCCACCCUCAUGGUCAGCCCCAGGAAGGCCCUCUUUGCCCUCCAGUCUCCCUCCCUCUGCUGGGAUCCUGUCCACUCUGCAGUCGCAGCUGGAGAAACAGAUGUGAACAGAGGCGAAAAAGGAACAAAACCAGUUUCCCUCCCCCCCAACUCCCCAGGCAGAACCACAUCCUCCUCCCCCUUUAACGCCCCCUCUCCCCAGCGCAGGGCUUUCCCUUUGCUGAGUCACUGAAUGAGCUGAGUUGGGGGCGGCUGGGGCUGGAGGACCAAGAGGAUGCUGGGGGAGGAAGAGAGAGAGGCAGAAUGGAUGGAGGAAGAUCCCUGUGGGGGAGUGGAAUUUCGGUUGCUAAAAUUAGGAGCAGAUCGAGGAGGCGGAAAGGGCCGAGUUAUGUAACCCGGGUUAUCUGCUCUUGGGCAACCGGAGAUGCACAGCCAGGCUGCUGGGUCCGCAGUUCCUCGGGCCCAUCUCCGCUCCAGGGCUGUAGUCUUCACCUCUUCCACAGGUUCUGCCGCCACUCCCAACCUGGGCUCCGUCUUUGGGCACCCCAGGCCAGCCCUUCCACGUAAACAUCUCCUCUUCCAAGAACCAGGGUGGCGGGAGGGGGCCUCCAUCCCUCCCACUGCUUCUGCCAGGGCCCCACUACAGUGCCCUGGAAACCAGGAUAAGAAAUGAUUUAACCAAACCCGCUGGCAUCUGCUACAGGGCACACCUGAGAAGUCAGCAAAAAGAAAGGGCAGGGCUGAAGGAAGGACAGGCACCCACUGGUGUGUGCGCAGCCGUGUGUGUCUGCGUCGCGAAUGCUAACAUCGGAAACUUGACUUUGAGCCUUGAGCCUUGAGCCUUGAUCUACGCUGGAGAAUCCCACGAGUGGUGGUAGAAGGUGGCAGGACCGGGAGAGGAAGCUUCUGGAAACCUGGGGACAGGGGCUGGGCAUGAGACUGAAGACAGAGCCUGAACCUAGGAGGGGGGCCCAGGCACAUGUUCAGGGGCAGAAGGGGGGGGGGGUGCUGGUGAGAAAGAUCCUGUGAGAGGAAGCUGCCGUGAUUCAGAGAAGAGACAGUGCUGUGAGCAACCCAGCGUCUAGUUCCUCUCACAGGCGGGAGAUUUCGGAAGUGGCAUGCAAAGAGCCCAGGCCUGGAGCUGGGGGGAGCCGGCGGCGGGUGCUGGGGUUAGGAUCCCUAAGCGAGGGGCUGAGAGGCAAGCAACAGAUGAGCUUCACGUCUGAAUUCGCUCCUGCGCCCAGGAGAUUUCUCUCUGGUUUUUAAGCACAUCGUUUCCCCACCCCCACCCCCACCCCCAAGGGUUACUUAAAACCAAGGCAAAGCGAGCCCUUGUUCCCAGACCCCUGGAGCAACCUCUCUUUGGUGUCCCUCCUUGGCGUCUGGCCCCCAGCCCCGGUGGGGGUUCCCCGGAGAAAAAGGUUGUUCACUUUCUCUGACCACACAGUUUCCGCUUCUGUGUCUCUUGUUUCCUAGGCUGAUAAAAAUACUGAGCCCUAGAGGCCCUUGGCUUCCUCUGACCCCUGGUGCCAGGCUGCAGGCAUCCUGUCCACCACAGUGGGGGCAGGGAGGGGACCAGGGAUCCCCACGGGGUGGCUCGGUGCCUCCUGGGAGACACUGCAGGGGCUGCAAGUGUGUGUCUCUGCCCUCCUGAGCUGGGAGCAGGGGGUUGAGUCUCCGUGGAGGAAGCUUUGGGCUUCUGUUGGAUAAACAGUUGGUGAGGUUGAAGAGGUCAUUGAGGGGCUGGGGCUGGAGUAGGUUUAAGCUCAGUUAGACAAAGAGUCAGAGCAGGUCGGCUGAGCGGGAUGUGGCCUAGAGGUAGUUUCAAGCCCUGCUUCGAGUGUGCAGUCUAACGGGGACACAGACCCCUACACAACCAGCUGACUCAGGCCUGCAGGGUGGACCCGAUGGCCAGGUGCAGUGGCUGCAGAGAGGGAGGUGAACGUGACCUGCAAGCAUCCGGGGAGGCCAUGAGGAGGGGACCACACCUGCGUGGGCUCUGAUGAGUGGGCAGGACUUCGGCGGGUGGAGAUGGAGAGGAAGGCUUCGUAGGUAAAUGAGACGGCUUCAGCAGAGGCCAGGAAGCCAGAAAACAGGCUGAGAAACGGACGAGAGCAUCCUGCACCGAAGGGCACAGGCGUGAGGGAGCGUGUGCUGAAGAAGGAACGGCAGAACGCCAAGGUCACAGGGAAGUGCUACGGGACAUGCAGGCAAGGAGUGGGAAAACCUGUCAUCAACUCACUCCCUGCUGUGUGUUAAUAGCCAUUUUCCCAACACCAGGAAUCUGAUGCACUCAGGAAACCGUAGCCCAAAGCUUGGCGUGUUGCCUUGUUGAGUACUUUGAGCUAAACGAGAUUGAGAGGGCUCAGAAGCAAUCUCUCUCUCUCUCUCUCUCUCUCUCUCUCCCAUCGCCUGUCUUGCUCCCCAUGAAGAGAAUUAUAAAAAUAACUCCUUUUCCCAAAUCAGGACAUAGAAACCAGAAAAGGCAGCCAUAGAAUCUACAAAGAGUCUAACCUUCCUCCCCGCCCCCCCCCCCAACACCUUUUUUAAAAAGUCUCUAACCUACCUUGUCUGGCACUUGGUUAGAAGAGCUUGGUCUAGGGCAGGCGCUGUGGUACAGAGGGUUAAGCCGCGGUCUGCAGCACCAGCAUCCCAUAUGGGUGCCAGUUCAAGUCCUGGCUGCUCCACUUCUGAACCAGCUCCCUGCUGAUGCACCUGGGAAAGCAGCAGAAGAUGCUCUGAGAAAUUAGGCCCCUGCACUCACCGUGGGAGACCCGGAAGAAGUUCUGGCUCCUGCCUUCAGCCUGGCCCAGUCCCGGCCGUUGCAGUCCUUUGGGCAGUGAACCAACGAUGGAAGAUCUCUCUCACUGUCUCUCUCCCUCUCUCUCUCUAACUCUGUCUUUCAAAUAAAUAUUUAAAAAAAAAAAGAAGAAGAAGAAGAAAGAAAGAAAAGAAAAGCUUCAUUCCAGACACAUCCUGUCUGUUCCUACAGGAAGGAAAGCUGCAAAGAGAGGCCAGGGAGAAUCUGGACAGACCAGCCUCGUUUCGGCCCUCCGUCGGUUGCCAUUAGCUCACACCCUUUUUGUCCAAUCACGUUUCCACGCGCUGCCUGUUCUUCAUCAAGUCUAAGCGCUUAGAAAUGGACGGUUUUCCUUGGGGCCUGGGUCUUCACUUCUGAGGGUUCCCGUAUCACGUAAAACUUUGAUGCAAUAAAGCUUGGGUAUGCUGUUCUCUGGUUA